UCCUUGUGUUGUCGGCCAUCGCAAGUUUCCCUUCAGUUUGAAGUUUUCUUUUUGAUUAUUUUGGGUGAUCGUGGAGUCAGAUUGCCAAGGCCAGUUUACUGGGGUCUUAGGACCGUAGAUCAAAGUUUGCCAUGGCACAGUCUUCAGAGGAACCUCCAUUCUUAACUGUAGGCACUGAUGUCAGUGCCAAGUAUCGAGGAGCUUUUUGUGAAGCCAACGUGAAGGUCGUGAAGAAGCUUGUCAAAUGCAAGGUUACCUUCACCAAAACAAACACUUCCUUCACGAUUAACGAUGAUUGCGUUAAAGGUUCUUUGAAGGUAGGAGCAGUUGUAGAGGCCAAAAAUCCUGAUGGACAGUACAUGGAAGGGGUGAUAAACAAACUCACCGAUGCCAGCGUAUAUACUGUUGUGUUUGAUGAUGGCGAUGAGAGAACAUUGAGAAGGACUUCUCUCUGUUUGAAAGGAGAACGACAUUUUAACGAAAGCGAGACUCUUGAUCAUCUUCCCCUUACGGAUCCAGAGAAUUUUGGUACCCCAGUUGUACAGGAUGGAAAGAAAAGGAAAAAAAGAAGACUGAGUCAGGCAGCAAGCAUGGAUGACUCAGAGACUGAAAGAGAAGAACAGCCACUUGCAUCUGGAAAAAAGAAAUGUUUAUUUGAUGACAGUAUUGUUGGCAAGCUGGUAGUUGUGCAAAGUGGAUCAAAGCGAAGAAGCUUGUGGUUUCCAGCUUUGGGUGUAAAUCCAAGCAAGAAUGAGGUGGAUUUGAUCAAAUCAAAAGAUAAAUGUCUAGUGCGUUCUUUCAAAGAUGGAAAAUAUCAUGUCAUAAAUGUUAAAGAUGCUAAAGAAUUUUCAAAGGAUCAAGAUCCAGUUCAUGGUGUUGCGAAAGGUGAAAACAGAAAACUGAAAGCAGCUGUGGAAAGAGCUCUGACAUAUUUGGACACCGGAAGAAUCCCUGCAAUCUGGGAGGAGAAUUCAUCUGAUGUGAUAGUCCAUGGAGACAGUGAGGAGGAAACAAAAAGGGUGCAAUCUUCAGAAGAUGAAAGCAGUAUGGAGGAUGAUGAAGAGAGGAAAACAUUUAGACAAAGGCUAUUUGCAUUCAUGGAAGAAAAGGGAACACCAAUAACUAGACCUCCAGUGUUGGGAAAUCAAGAUUUGGAUCUUUACAAACUUUAUAAGAUAGUUCAAGAACAUGGAGGCAUGGAGAAGGUUUCCGGUGAGCAAUACCUGUGGAGAAAAAUUUAUCAGCAAAUGGACAUUCCAGUUGUCCCACCAAGUGCAUCACACCACAUUAAAAUGUCAUACAAGAAAUACCUUUAUCCCUUUGAACAGUAUGAAAAAGAACUACUAAAGCCAUUCCCUAAAGGCGCUAAUGAUCAGAGUAGUAAAGAUACCAAACCUGAGAGCUCAGCAAGUUCCCCAGAGAGCAGUGAUGAAAAACGUUUGGAAUGUCUAGAGCCUUUGCCAGAAAUAGAUGAUGACGAGGGAGACUUAAAGAAGGUAGAAUGUAAACAAAGUACCAGGAUUAGAGAAAUGAAGCGACAACAAAGUAGAGAGCAUGAUAAUGGUUUGGUUAGUGACUCACAAGCCAAGAGCCCAGAGGAAGAUGUUUCAGUUGAUGUUGUGAACAGUCCUGAGUCAUCAUCUGAUGUCAGUGAACCACAGUCUGACAGUAAGUCUGAUAUACCUUUGGAUGAGAUAUCCUUAGAUGUUGGAGAUAAAGUGCAAGUUAAGUAUGGGAGAGGAAGAAAUCACAGACUCUAUGAUGCUAAGAUCAUCCAUAUUGACCCUAAAGCUGAAGAAGGUGCAAUUUACUGCAUUCAUUAUGCUGGUUGGAAUAAUAGGUAUGAUGAAUGGAUUAAGCCUGAAAAGAUUGUAGGGUGGGGCACAAGACAAACCAGGAAUAGAGGUGGCAGUUCAAGCAAAGGGCAAGAAUCUUUCACAAAAUCCACUCCAAAACCAAUGACAAGACCCACUGCUAAACCUGUUGGCAGAAGAUCAUCAAAAUCAGGAACUGCACCAGCCAAGGAAACACCAGCCAAGGAAACGCCAGCCAAGGAAACACCAACCAAGUACUCAGUAGCAUCUAAUGGAGCCAAGAGUGCUUUGAAGAGACCUUGUUCGCCCUCCACAAGGUCUAUACCACUUUCGCCUUCGCUUGGAAAGUCUCCUAAAACCAGUAGAGGAACAAGCCGAACCCGGUCAGAAAGGAAUUCAUUGUCAGAGAUAUCAAAUGGACUAGAUGAAGUGAAAAGUCCAUUGUCAAGAAGGAGGCAAAAGUCAAGCACACCAGAACCCUCUUCAACUGAACAACAAAGCAAAGCUGCAGAUAUAUCCAAUCAAGUUCACCCAAUCCAUGAAUCAGUAACUGAAGAAGCAGAAAAAAGAUCAGUGGAGGAAAAGGAUACUACAAUUCCCAAUAAUGAGUUUAUGGUUGAUCCAAAGAAAGAGACUGUUUGUUUUGAAAAUGGAGUUGCAAGUGGAAUGCAGUCUAAUACAGAACAAGAAUCUGAGCACAUCUCCAGUAAUUCUAAUGGAAAAAGGAAAGAUAAAAAUAAAAGAACUAUAAAUGGUUUGGUAAAAGAAAGAGUGAACAAGGAUUCCAAAGAGUCACUGGUGGAAACAGUGACUGAGGCUAAGAAGAUAAAACUAGAAAAUGAGAAUAAUUUGCAAAGUAAAGAAGUGGAAGAGAUUUUAAGGGGUGAUACUGUAGCUAAGAUGCCAAAUCUUCCUCUGCAAACACAGGGUACUGCAACUGCAAUGGAAACAAUUUUGGCAUCUUCCUCAGGGGAGAUAAAGCAAGAGUGCACCAAUGAAUCUACUUCGUCAGGAUCUAGUCAAUGUGAUGAUGUUGGGACAUUUGAUAGGCCUGUUGAUCAUUCUCCACAUAGAGAUGGAGAUGAAAAGAGUCAUGAACUUAACAGUAAAGAAAAAGAAAUGAAAUCUGAAAAGAAAAAUUCUGAACAGCAUCACAGGAAACAUAAAAAGAGGAAGGAAAGGAAGAAACACCAUCAUGCAUCUGGUAAUGACAGCACAGGAAGUGAUGCUCCUGGAAGUCCAGGAUAUAACCAGUCACAAGGUCCAUUUUCAUCACCCCGACGCCCCAGAAUAUGUUUUGACAUGGAUCUAGAGCAAAUUAAAGCAAAGGAAGAUGGUGGAGAACGUAUUAGACUCCUUCAAGACAAAAUUAAUGAAAUGAGGAAAAUUUAUAGUUCUCUUAAAGCUGAAGUUGCUAACAUUGACAGAAAAAGGAAAAGGCUAAAAAAGAAGAGAGAAGCAGUGGGAGUUGAACAGGCUCAGGAAACAAAUAAGUCAAUGCCAUCAUCAUCGGUAUCACAUACAGUUCCAUCUCCAGCCAUGCCACCUGUAGAAUGUAGAUAACAAGGGAAUUUAAUGGUAUUUUUGCUUGAUUCCAGUCGUCCUCUCUUCUGGGAUAGAAUAUAAAAAAAAUUACAUUAGAUUGUAAUUCGUUCCAAAAGUGUCCAUACUAACAAAAUCAAAGAUUUUGGUUAUUAAUGAGUAAAAUUGGUAUCAUUUCGAAAAUGUCAUUACCAGUGAAUCAGUAGUUUUCAUGCAGGUAAAUUAUUCUCUUAUUUUAGAACCUAUGAGCAAGUAUAGACAUCUAAAAGAGAAAUGUAAUCGUUUGUCUCAAGAUGUGGUCUUUCUGGAUGUGGAUCGUGACGUUUGGACUGCAUACUGCAAAUCGUAUGCAGUCGAAACAUUGCAAUCCACAGCCCAAGUGACCAAAUCAUGAGGCAAACAAUUAUGAUUUAGACGUCUAGAUUAUAACACCCCAGGUAGAGCAUUUUGAUACAAGCGCCAUCAUCCCUUCUCCCCUUGACUUGACAAAGGCGACCUGAUGUAUUUAUAUUAACAGGAAUCAGAGGACUUGAAAUCAAGCAAUCUUAUGUAACAUGGAUUUCCAAUAAAUGUUUUAAAGUAUUAAAUAAGAUAAGUUGAUAACGGUUGAUCUUUAAUUUUGUUUUACAUGCACAUGUAAUGAUGAUGAUGAUGACAACAACCUGCUAAAGUGACUUUGUAUUUGUACAAUACUCUAAUGUCUGUGAUUCCCUGAACCACAGACAUUAGAGUACAAAGUGUAGAUGUAGACUGAGAGAUAAAUCCCAAAUAACGGUUUUGUUAAAAUGGCACUCCAGCAUUUGAACUAACGUGCUUUAUUGUAACUCCAAAGUUGUCGAAGUCUUGUCCUCUUUUCGUUGAUAAUCAGUUCUUUCCGCGACGUAACAUUUUAAUUAAGAUGGACAACACCAAGUGGUUUUCAUUUAACUAAAUAUUCUUUUCAAUCCAGUGUAAAAUGUCUUUUUUUUUUUCUCUAAGUCCCGGUCACAGUAAUUUAUUUUUUACGCAGCAGCUUAACUUUCUGAAAACUGUUGAUAGGUGGAGAGUGAGUCUUCGUUUUGAUUUUCUCUCAAGAAUGUGAUAUUUUUAUAAAUGGAAAGGUCACUUUGGUUUUACAUUUUGAAAGAUAUCACGUGAUUUGUGACUUGUGGUAGGUGGUCGUCGCUUUGUGUAUUACACAAAGCAGGUCUGACAAUAAUUAAAGGCUCCCUUUUUGAUUAAUUGCUUUCA